GGCCGCGGCGGUGCGCGGCUUGUGAUUCAUUUCAUUCUUCCUCGUCGCGUGGGAGAAUCAAAGAACAAUGUGUCGCAAUCCAGUUUGACGAUGGAUUCGAUUGCCUCUACCUCCUGUUUUCCUCGUUUCGGCUAUCCGACCAAGGAACCCUCGAAUCACGAAUUGAAUUUUCCAGCUGGGGUAGCGGGUUGAAUGCGUCUCGGAAUGGUUGUAGGUGGUGUUCCCGAGAGAUGCAAAUGUGCUUUGUAGCCUAGUAUUUGUUGGCGAUUUGGACUCUCUCUGGAGUGCAAUUACUGAAUUUCUGUUUCUUAGCUUGAAGAUCUCUGGGUCUUUACCAGGGUUUUAGAAGUUUUUGGAGCUUUGCACAUUUGUUGGAUGGUUGGAUGUGUGUUAGCGCGGCACAAUGCCACUAGGAAAGGCUUGGAGAAACGUUGUGGUGGGAAGAAAUGGGUACGGUCUCGAGCUGCUGAGAGAAUUGCGUCGUAGUUAUGGCUGUAGUUCAAUCGGGCCGCACGAAUCUAGACGUGCUCGGUGUUACGAGGGCAAAGGAGAAAACGAGGGUGGCUCUUUGGGCGAAGUCCAUGGAGUUCAUGUCUUCCAAUGUGCUGACCAGCUUGGGAUUGUUGCUAGAAUUUCAGAGUGUAUUGCGUCACGUGGUGCGAAUAUUCUGAAUGUAGAUCUCUACAUAGACUUCGAUGACAAAAAGCAAUCCCCAAUCUUUUAUGCACGAAGUGAAUUUGCAUUUGAUCCAUUGAAGUGGCCUCGUACUGUCAUGGACGAGGACUUCGCAGUAUUGGCAGACCACUUUAAGGCUGAGAAGUCAAUAGUUCGGGUGCCGGGGAGUGACAGGGACUUGAAAUUGGCCGUCCUUGCGUCAUGGCAGGAUCAUUGCUUGAUUGAUUUAUUGCACCGAUGGCAAGAGAGGGAGCUGCCAGUUGAUCUAACAUGUGUUAUAAGCAAUCAUAACCGUGGGUUGAACACUCACGUCUCGCGAUUCCUUGAGAGGCAUGGAAUACCAUAUCAUUAUCUCCCCACAAGCAAAGGAAAUAAGCGUGAAGAGGAGAUACUUGAGUUAAUCUCAGGGACGGAUUUUUUGGUACUUGCUCGCUACAUGCAGGUAUUGUCACCAGAAUUUCUCAGGUGUUAUAAGAAGGAUAUUAUCAAUAUUCAUCAUGGACUCUUGCCUUCGUUUAAGGGAGCAAACCCUUACCGACAGGCUUAUGAAUCUGGGGUGAAAUUAAUAGGUGCCACAAGCCAUUUCGUUACUGAAGAGCUUGAUGAUGGUCCCAUCAUCGAACAAAUGGUGGAUCGAAUAUCUCAUCGGGACAGUCUCCAUGCGUUCGCUAUAAGAUCAGAGAAUCUUGAGAAACAGUGCCUUGCUAAGGCAAUCAAAUAUUACUGUGAGCACCGAAUAUUACGGUAUAGCACGAACAAGACCAUUGUAUUCGGUUAGAUUACGACGAGAAAAACUUCUACAUACUUUUAGCAGUAAUGUUUCCCACAUCACAAGCAGAUGUGCAUGUCAUUUGAGGUAUUGCAGUUCUUUGGGACGAGUUAUUGCUGUCAACAUCCCUCGGAGAACCUUCAUCAGGGUCGAUCAACGAGGCUUCACGGCUUUUCAACAACAAAUCAAUUAAUUUCAUACCAGAAUGCAUCUGUGAUGUAUUUACACGACCAAGCUUUGAAUGAAAUUGGCUAAUUUGUAUCGA